AUGUUCUCCGUUCGUCUCGCCCGCGUCGGCCUCCGUGCCUCCGCCCAGCAGUUCACCGUGCCUCGCACUGCCGCUCUCAACGGUCUUCGCACCUAUGCCACCCCGGCCCAGGAGGUCAAGCCCCCGGUGUCUCUGUUCGGCGUUGACGGCACCUAUGCCACUGCUCUGUACACCGCCUCGGCCAAGUCCGCCGCUCUGGAGCAGACCGCCAAGGCCCUGGGCAACCUGAGCCAGACCCUCAAGGCCGACCGCAAGCUGAUCGAGAUCCUGAACGCCCCGACCCUUUCCGUCUCCGACAAGCAGCAGAUCAUCGCCGAGCUGCAGAAGGUGGCCGGCGGCGCCGACAAGGCCGAGAUCAUCAAGAACUUCCUGGCCACCCUGGCCGAGAACAACCGCCUGGGUCUGCUGGAGGGUGUCUGCGAGAAGUUCGCGACUCUCAUGGGCGCCCAUCGUGGUGAGGUCGAGCUGAGCAUCACCAGUGCUCAGGAGCUCGACACCAAGACCCUCAACCGUCUCGAGAGGGCCGUCUCCAAGUCCGAGUUCAGCCAGGGCAAGAAGCUCAAGGUUGUCUCCAAGGUCAACCCCGACCUCCUCGGCGGCCUCGUCGUCGAAAUCGGCGACCGCACCAUCGACCUCAGCGUUUCCUCCAAGAUCGCUAAGCUCAACAAGGCUCUCACCGAUGCUCUGUAAAUCUCUUUUGCUUUUUCCCGGCAAAAAGAAAAUAAAUUAUGUUUGUUGAUGGAAGCAACAAAACCGUCUCUUCCAUCAGUAUAACUAUAUUCCCUCAUCCCCCCGAACCCGUUCACACACACCCCUUCUAUCGUCUCACCUCCCUUUCAUCCGUCAUACAAAUGUAUCCUAAAUCUCAAUUAUGCGACUUUUCUUUGAAC